CUUGAGCAGUUUAAAGUUGCAUUUAUGAAAUUGUAAUGUCAGGUCGAUUGUUCAAGUUCUUCUACCUUAUCUAUGUCCUUCUUAAAACUGUCAGAACUGAUGACCACUAUGAAGUCUUCUUUAGACCUACUUCACUUUUUUAGAGCAAGGUGAAUCUGAGUUGAUAAAAGUUGGCUUGAAUGAAAUAAUAUCGUACGAUGUAUAUCUUGAAUUCACCUACUGGGAUAGAAAUAAUAAUGAGAUCCAACCAGAAAAUUUGAGUCAUUCAGCAAUUAAUCCAAUUUCUGACGUAACUAUAGCAGGUGAUCAGGAAGGCCCUUCUAUUGCCAUCAUUGUAGCUAACUUACCUGGCCAUAUAAACUUGAAAAUAAAACCAUCAGAGGAUGUAGAUAUUGCGAACCUCAAUACAACUAUAUGUCAUAUAACUGUCGUACGUUAUCGAUGGUUAAGUAUGCUUCAAAUAGUGAUUGGUUGGCUCUACUUUGCUGCUUGGACUGUUUCAUUCUACCCCCAACUUUUUUUGAACUGGAAAAGAAAAAGUGUGGUUGGAUUUAAUUUUGACUUUGCUGUGUUGAAUGUGAUUGGAUUCCUCUACUAUAGUAUCUAUAAUGUUGGAUUAUUUUGGAUUCCACUUAUACAGAAGCAGUAUUUACAAAGAAAUCCUUUGAGUACAAUACCUGUUCAGAUAAAUGAUUUAGUAUUCGCAUUUCAUGCACUGGCUAUAUCAUCACUCACAGCCUUUCAGAUUCUGAUUUACGAGCGUGGUGAUCAACGUGUUUCAAAAUUAUGUCUGGGAUUGAUUGGAUUAAUAAUAGUUUAUUCAGUGAUUGUUUGCAUACUUGGUGGAGUUAAUGUUGUAAUCUGGUUGGAUACGUUUUAUCUAUUAUCUCAUGUCAAAUUAUUCAUUUCAUUUGUCAAGUAUGCACCACAGGCAAUCAUGAAUUUCCGUCGAAAAAGUACUGUUGGAUGGAGUAUUGGCAAUAUUGUACUAGAUUUCAGUGGUGGAAUACUUAGCCUUGCUCAAAUGGGUAUUAUAGCAUAUAAUAACAGUAAGCAACAUUGCUUUUUAUUAAUGUUAUCGUUUGUAUUUCACCGUCGUUGAUUAGACCUAAUUGAUCAGUCUCUAUUGGAGUAUGGGUUCCUGUGUGGAUACCUCGAUAUUGCCUGUUUUAACUAUGUAUAGUAAUGAUGGGCAUUUGCUAGCAGUGAAAUCCAGGAUGUGCAUUUCGUCCUAUUCGGGCCUCGUCAGCUGGAUGUACCUCCCUGUCAGUGAGUGGUGUUGUUUCCACUGGAAUUUGGACUCAGUAGCGAUGUUUUCAAGCGCGAAAGCGUUAUCCACUGCAACAACAUCACUCACUGGGAGGCAGGUACAUCCAGCUGACGAGUCCCAAAUAGGAUAAAAUGCGCAUCCUGGAUUCCACUGCCAGCCACUACCCAUCAUUACUAUACAUUGCUUUUAUUUUUUGGUUUUAUGAUAUACUGUUACGUACACAAAAAUAACCUGUCAAUGCCGCAAAAUCAAAUAAACUAUGAUUGCAUUUCACUUAUGAAUAACAUCAGGGAAUUCAGGAAAAUAAAAGACAAGAAAAUCAAAGUAAUGAUUAUUAGGAGAUUCAACAAAACAGCUAUAAGUUACAUCUUCAGAUAACCAUUUUAGUUACUUUGCUAUUAUGAACCUAGAUAGCUUACACUUGUCUGUACUACGUAAGACAACGAUGAAAGCUUUCAAGGACAACUACAACUUUAGUCUUAAUUUAGAUUAAUUACACUUCAGUUAGAACAUGAAAUCAGAAUAGAAGUUGACAAAACAUGCGUAGCUGUUACAGUUAAGACUAGACAGAUAAACAGCAGCAUAUGUUGCAAGUCCAAACAGUAGGUGAGUGCCAAACCAUGGUUUUAUAAUGAGUCAGUCUAAUUCAUUACUAUAUGAUGAUACCGUCCACAUAUCUUAGACCUUACAAACUUACUUUGUACUUGGCUAAAUACAAUUAUUACUGUAGGCUUAGAACCUACAACUGUAAUCUUAUAAAUAUACCUCAAUGUCUUUCUAUUCAACAUCAUAUACGCUCAACAAGUCUUAAAACAGGAGCAGUACAACUUGGUUAGCAGCAUGUGACAACAAGCACACCAUGUCAAAAAUACAAGAAAUCAGGUGGACAGGGUACUUAUCAAACAAACAUAUAGAAACAUAAAAGUAGAUAACUAUCCAUUCACUGAAGACAAACAACGUCCUUCUCUUCAGACUUCCCACUUACAAGCUAUUCUGAGAUGUCAACAAAGUUAACAAUCAUCUGAUUAUUAUGUAUUCCAGACAUGUUUCAAUAAAAUCAAACAUUUAAGGGCUGUUAAGAAUGACUAACUUUUCUUCAACCUCAAUCACUUGCUACUGCUUUCAUCUACUGGCGAGUUUGCGUUUCAUUCAUUUGAUACAUAUUUAUAGUUUAUCAAUACCAUGUUGAAAUAACUCAGUAGAGUCACUUAUGGUUGCAGAACAUACUUAUCUGUUCUUUUUAAAAACGGAUUCUCAUAUCAGAGAAAAUCGGAAAUUAGGAAAGAUGUGGAAAUGUCACAUUUUCACUACGGCAGAGUGUUUACACGAAUCAUGGUGCGCCCAUUUAUCAAAGGUAUCAACAUUUUGACAAUUAAUGUUAUUACUUGUAUAAUCCAAUCGUUGUAACACCAAAUUUAUCAGUCUCCAUCGGCAUUUGAGCUCCUACACGAAUACCUCGAUACUACAUAUCGUUUCAAUUUCAUAGUAAUGAUGGACAGUGGCUGAAAUAAAAACUAUACCCACUGCACAAGUGCCUAUCAUGGCUUGAUGGUCUAAUGGUUAACAUUUUAACAUUUGAAAUGAUCGGUUUCCGGCUACGGUUCCAGUGGGAAAAACACUUCUCACUCGAAGCAGGUAUAUCCAGCUCAUGAGUUCCAAAUAAGGAGAGACGCAUGUUCUGCAUUUCACUGUUAGCCACCAUUAAUAACUACUGUAGAAGUUGUUUGAUUUAUCUGCUUCCUAGCAGUUGUUAGCUACAUUUUUCAACUCAAUCCAAACGUUAAUAUUUGUCCGUCAGUUAGACUGUCUAGAUCUUCCUAAUGGGAGGUGUCAGCGCUUCUUUAAUGCAUUUAAAAUAAGCUUUGAAUAGAACAAAUUGUUAUUCUUUAAAUUGCCUUCAUAAUGUGGGCUCAGAAAUAAUCUAUAUUUAUUAUCCUUAUCAACAGUGGUUUUGGAACACAAGACUUUCAAGAUUACAACUGAUUGUUUUGCGCAACUUUAGUCUAUUCUCAUGAGUAGAAUGCAGCAAUUACUUUCAUAAUUAAUAUUUCUGUGAUAUUUUAAUCAUAUUUAGAGAAGAUCAGUACUGAGUUUGAACAGCUAAUAACGCAAACCCGUACAUUUUAUAUGCGGUCAUGUCAGAGGGGACGUUGAAUGCCCACCAGUUGUUAUGGAUGAUGGUUAUGCUUAUGACAGACUGAAACAGGCUGUGAAGUUUGGACCACCGAAAUCCAACUUAAUUGCUUACAGCCCAUGUCUUUGUCAUAAGAUUUAAGGGUGUUUAGUUCAUUCUUUGUGUGACCAUGAAUGCACAGCUUUAAAAGGUUGAUAGCGAUGACAGACCAGUUGUUUAAAGCUUCUGCUUUUAUGUAGUUCUUUAAUUAAGGUUAGUUUGCAGUGAACUUGUUUUACUCAAGAAACGUUUGUUUCAAAAUUUCUGCCUUAUUCAGCUUUGUGCUUGACUUCUCACUAGUUCAUUUCUGCAGUUUACAGAGAUGCAGAUGCAAAGUGUACUCACAGACAUUUCCUUUUCUGCUGCCUUUCAUAUAUGUAGAUGACAUCAGUAGCAUUACUGGAUCCCCAGUAAAACUUGGCUUGGGUAUACUAUCCAUCGCAUUUGAUAUUCUGUUUAUGGUUCAACACUGGAUUCUGUACCGUUCAUCAUCAAAUCCUGAACAGUCUGUGACGCUAGUUGACAAAGAAAAAGAAGGUCAAUCAAUUAUGGAACAGGAAUAGUAUGGUGAAGUAUAAGUGUGUGUGUGUAUGUGCAUGAAAAAGCCAUUGAUUUCCAGGUGCAACUGACAAUCAAUUAAUUUUCUUUGCCUAUAUAUUUCCCUCAUAUUUCUAUUUAUUUUUACUAUGGAUAACUUUUUUAGGUGUGAAUCUCCUUAGAUUAUCUUCUUCAUAAAUGAAUGAGAUUUGUUUUGAUUAUCAUUAUUUUCUUAUACAAUAUCUAAGUGAAUAGAAAAGUGACAAGAUCAAAAGUUACUUUUCUACUGUUUAGUACAAAUUUGAUAUGAUUUGAAAGAUGUUUACUUAUUUUCACGUAUUUUGAUUUGAAAUAUGUAAAAUCAUGUUGGCUAAAAUUUCUUUGAAAUUACCUAAUUUUUUAUGAACUUUGGAAGAAAAGUAAACUGUUUGCAUAGAAAAA